AUGUAUACAAUACCAGAUUUAGACGAUUCAGAUGAUGAAUUUUCAACAAAUAAAGUUCCAUCAUUAUUUAAACGUUCGAAAAUAGAUGAACAGCCAUUAGAACAACAAGCAACAAUAGCAACUAACAACGAUAUUAUUGAGGAAAAAAAAAUAUCAUCAUUAAACUCGACAACAAUAAUAGAGAAUUCUACUUUCAAUGCUUAUAUUCCAACAGCAGAUGAUGAUUAUUCAUUCCCAGCCACUGCAACUACUUCUGGUGGAGCGAGUAAUAACAAUAGUCAUUCAGAAGUACCGCCUAUCGCAUCUACUGUACCAAAAAAGUCCUCACUCUCCUAUGCGGCCUCACUACUCGUUCAUUCUCGUCAGCGUGGUAAUCCUCUAUUAAAAUACUUUCGUAAUGUUUCAUGGGAAUACAAUGAUCAAAUACUUAGUGAUUAUCAGAUGUCGCGUACAUCAUGUGCCCUUUAUUUAUCUAUGAGAUAUCAUAAUCUCAAUCCAAACUAUAUCUAUGAUCGAUUGAAAACAAAAUUUCCUCACGAUAUUAAAAUUCUCUUAUGUCAAUGUGAUAUCAAGGAACCAAAUCAUAUUCUGAAAGAAUUGGCGCGCAUUUGUCUUCUGUCUGAUUUCACAUUGAUCGUUUCGUGGACAGAUGAUGAAUCUGCUCGUUAUCUGGAAACAUACAAAAUAUUGGAAAAUAAAUCAGCUGAACAGUUGAUGGAACGAGUAGAAAAUGAUUAUUUGACAAAAUUAUGUGAUACGUUGACAACAAUAAAGUCGGUCAAUAAAACAGAUGCCAAUACGCUAUUACAUGCAUUUGGAUCACUGGACUCUAUUUUGAAUGCUACACAAGAUCAACUAAAUGUAUGUCCGGGUUUAGGACAACUGAAAGCAAAAAGAAUUUACGAUGCAUUCCACAUGCCGUUUUUAAGACAAAAACGACGACUUAUUGUGUCACAGAAAUUAAAAGAGAAAAAUACGCAAAAUGAAGUUGUUGAAAUACCAGAUGAAGAUGUUUAUGAACAAAUUGAACAGAUAGAUGUGGGAGAUGAUAGUCAUGACUUUUGA